AUGCAAUAUCAAAGAUUAAUGAGCAAACUAAUUGUGAUAAAGGAUCCUACUUUUAGUGGUAGUAUAUUUUCAUCAUUAUCAUAAUUAGCUAAAUCAACCCCUGAACUAUUUCUACAUUAAGCUCCUAAGUACAAAAUAGAUGCUUAUUUCUAUACUAAUUUCUUAAAAAUGUAAUUUCAAAGAAUCAAGUUGACUAAACAAAGUAUAAAGUAUGUAGUGUCAACUAAAGAUUAAGAAAAUUCUUAAAGUAAUACAUUUAAAAAUAUUUUUUAAGUUGAUGCAGGAUUUAUGUUUCCCAGAUUAUCACUUAACUAUAAUAUUUGCAAAGCUAAUUUUGAAGAAAGUGACUAACAUAUUUAAUUUGAAUUCUUUUAGUUAAUAAAAUUAAUUAUGAUUUACUGUCAAAAUUCUGCUACUUAAUUUAUCUCCAAAAACAUUUCUGAAAUCCGAAAUGUAAUUACUGAUAUAAAAAUUAAAAAUUAAUCUAUAGCUAAUGUUUAUCUAGUGUUAGAAUUAAUAAAUGAAGCAAAUAGCAGUCAAAGCGAAUACUCUCUUCUGAUUAUUGAUAACUUAUUGAGUUGGGAAAAAUUCUAAAAUGUUUUAGAUGACUUAAGAUUUCUCCAAUUUAGUUUAAAAUUUGAAUUAAAGUGUUUUAUAUAUAUAUAAAUAUGUAAUUUUUAUUUAUUUAUUUGA